AUGCUGACCGUUGCUACCUUUGGAUUUUCUCUUCUGGAAUCCGUUUUCGCUUUCUCACCGACGUUCAAUUAUGGUGCAGACAAAGUACGAGGCGUCAACCUCGGUGGAUGGCUUGUUCUUGAACCUUGGAUUACUCCAUCUUUGUUCGAAAACACAGGUAUAUCGACCAUCGUUGACGAGUGGACAUUUUGUGAAUACCAGGAUGCCGAUACCGCGAGAGAAACGUUGACGAAACACUGGAGCACCUGGAUUACUGAAUCCGAUUUUGCUGACAUUGCUGCAGCGGGUUUGAAUCAUGUUCGUAUACCUAUCGGUUAUUGGGCGUUUGACGUUACGCACGAUGAACCGUACAUACAAGGUCAAGCUGAGUAUUUGCAAAAGGCAAUGGGCUGGGCUGCAGCAUAUGGCCUUAAAGUCAUCGUGGACCUGCAUGGAGUUCCUGGGAGUCAGAACGGAUUCGAUAAUUCUGGUCAAAGGAUGUCGUAUCCUGGGUGGCAUUCAAAUCGCUCAAAUAUCGAACGGAGCAAUGGUAUUCUCUACAACAUGGCUUCCCUGUUUGGAGAUAAUGCUGCCGUCAUUGAACCAUUGAACGAACCAGCUGGGUUCUUGGGCGAUGAUGUACUGCAAGUCGUAAAACAAUACUGGUAUGAUAGUUAUGGUGCCGUUCGAUCGAAACAGACAGACGCCGUUGUUUUAAUCCACAACGCUUUUCAAGAUCUCAGCUAUUGGGAAGACUUCAUGCGACCUGAGGAUAAUUACGACGGUGUAGCCAUGGACACGCAUAUCUACCAGAUGUUCUCCAACGAGGAGGUCGCACGGACCGACGACGAACAUAUUACUGCGGCAUGCCAGGAGGGAUCGUCAUUGUCUUCUUUCCAUCUCUGGACCAUCGUUGGGGAGUGGACGUCUGCUCCUACUGAUUGUGCGAAAUACUUGAAUGGAAAACUGAAUUACAUUACAGGACGUGGGGUUGGUGCGCGCUACGACGGCACCUAUCCUAAUAGCUCUUGGGUGGGUGACUGCCAGAGCAAAACAGGAUCGGCGUCGUCCUUUAGCCAAGAAUAUAAGGACUUUUUAAGGAAAUACUGGGAGGCCCAGGUGAUAUCAUACCAGAAGGCUGCCGGCUGGAUACUGUGGACCUGGAAAGCUGAAUCCGCGGAUGAUUGGAGCUACCAAGCUGGUCUUGCGAACAGUUGGAUUCCUCAUGACCCUACGGAUCUCCUAUACCCUUCUAUUUGUGGAUAG